AUGAACAAUACAAACAGUGAAUACAUAACUAGUGACUUACCUGAAGCUGUGGAUGAUAAUGAAAUUAAUAUAGAAGGCUUUUUUGAAAAAGUUAGUUAUAAUAACAUGGAUAUUGAAGCUUUGCAUAAAAAUGUUAAAGUAGUAGUAGUUAAAGAAAAUCAAUUAUUUGAUAAUUUUAACCAAGCUGAAAGUCAUAUACAAAGUUAUGCAGAGUUUAAAGCAUUGCAAUUUGAAAAGAUGAAAGCAUUUACAAAAGAAAUACGAUAUGAUAUAGAAUUUUAUAUAAAAAUAUGUCAUUUCAGUACAACUUUAAUUAAGAGAAUUCUUAAAGAAAAGUAUCCUUACUAUCCUCUUUAUUCUAAGGACCUCUAUACAGAAAUACAAAGGCAAAGACUAUCAGCACAGUAUAAUGAAUAUGACACUGCACAGUUUUAUGAGGAGUUGUUAGUAAGACAACGUGAAGAUCCUAGAUGGUUUGUAAAAACAAAAUGGGAGGCUAAAACAACUAUACUUACAAGUAUAUUUUGGAUGAGUCCAGAAUUACACUAUGAUGACAAUAUGAAGUCAAGAAUAGUUGCACAAGCUCUAUUAAGCAAUGAAACUAUAAAGUCAUAUCAAUGGGUUUUGCACAUGACGAAGAAAGCAACACAAGAGAGAGUACCUAAUGUGUUUGUCACUAAUGAUGACCCUGCUAUGGAAUGUGCAAUUUCUACCAAAUAUUCUACAACUCAUCACAUCCUCUUUGCAAAUCAUUUAACAGCAAAUCAAUACCUUCAAAAACACUUGUAUGGACAGUGUGAAGCAUGGGCGCAUGGAUUUACAACAACAAUUUUUACACUUGGCAUUGAAUCAACCUCAUUUGUUAAAAAUCAAAAUGUCUGCAUUAAACGUAUCAUCGAAAGCAGUAAUACGUCUCUAUAUAAACUUGAAAAAGUUAUAAUUAAUAAUGUUGAAAAUAUUCAAAAAGAAAAAGAAUAUGAAGAACAUAUCAGAGAAAUUUCUUCAGUAGUUAAUAUAUUAACAGUAUUUCCAAAAAUUGAAGUGCUUGUUAGUUAUUAUCUGCAGACAAAUGUGGCAAAAUUUGUCAUUAGCCAAAUGAAAGAAAGUGUUUUUUAUACAGCUUCUUAUUCUAAUAUAGAAGAAGUUAAAUGUACACUUAUGAAUAAUUUAUCUGAAAAUGAGGAUUUUGAAAAUAAACCUGAUG